AUGAGCGUAGCAGAUUGGGCGCAGGCGAUUGCCCUGGGCGUGGAACGACAGGAUGGUGAUGUCCUUGCGCGUCUCUUCUCUCUGCAUACGAAAUCUACGCGGCGUGCGCUGGCUACGAUCGCCGAUCCGUCAGAACGCGUCGUGAAAGCCGUGCUGACUCGUGUCGCCCUCCCAUCACCGUGGUCUGACAUGACGGUGUCGUAUGUGCGAUGUGGCGCCUUGUUGUUUGGACAUGCAUCGAAGCGGCAGGCACCUUCAGAGGCCUGGCACCAAGCGUUUGAGGCGCUGCAAGCCGCCGCUAGUGUGUUUCUCCGUCAUUUCCUCGUGCUAGCGCCGGGCCGAUGGGCCCUCCCGCUUCUUCGUGCCCUCAUGCUGGACGUGCGGUGGGUCGCCAAGCGAGCAGACGAGGCAGCGAAUGCGGCGGCCCCGCCAGGCACACGCCGAGCCCAGGCGCAUUUGGAGGCGUGUGCACGUACGCUGAACCGUGGCUUUUCUGCGUGUGUGGCCGACCGGCACCCAGUUCUGCAUGAAAGCAAAAAGUGGGGCACUUAUGCGAUGGUCAAUUUGGUGUUUGGCACGUACUUUGCGCUCAAAUCCAUCUCGCUGUGUAAGAAUAUUGUACGUGCGCUGGACGCCGGCGAUUUGCCGCCGCUGUCUGCGUAUGCUGCUGUGGACGUUGUCCCAUUUCUGUACUACCAAGGCCGCUUGGCGUUUAUGGACGAAGAGUAUACCAAGGCUGACGAGGCCCUUACGUUGGCGCUGAUGCAGACGCCGCACACAGCACCAACAUUGCGCGAACGCAUUUUGCUGUACCUCAUCCCUGUCCGAUUAUUGCAUGGCCAACGACCGAACGCUCAGCUUCUUGCGCCAUUCCCGCGCUUAGAGGCGCUCUAUGCGCAUGUACUUGAAGCAUGCCGACGUGGCGACGUACGUACGCUCGACCAAACUCUGUCCGAUGCAGCGUACGAGCGUCCCUUUGUCCGUCUUGGCGUGUUCCUCGCGCUGGAGCGUGUACGUGCUGUAUGCAUUACGCGCCUCCUUCGGCGCGUAUGGCGCCACGAGGGCGGCGGGACACGUUUGCGUCUCGCACCGAUGGCACAGGCCUUGCAAUGGAUCGGCGCGGCGGACGAUGCGCUCGGCGCCGAAUGGCUGAUUGCGACGCAAAUUGCGCAAGGGCGUAUCAAGGGCUACGUAGCGCAUGAGCGCCAGAUGCUCGUGCUGAGUGCGAACGAUCCAUUCCCAUGCGCCUCACUUACCAUGCUACGUACGCUGUAA